UCUCCACCACUUUCAAGGCAAGCUUUUACCUUCUUCUGAAUUGAAGUAUAGCUUUGCUCCCAUGAUGUCCAAAAUCAUCAGCAUUCUUCUUUUCUCUGUCUUUCUUUCUUUACAGUACUUGAAGCCUUCAGCUGCACAAACUUGGAUCAGAGCAGGUUACUGGUACUACGGCAGCGGUUCUUUGUUACCCAUUUCAGACAUAAACUCAGCCCUCUUCACUCACCUUAUUUGCGCUUUUGCUGAUGUAAACCCUUCGUCCUCCGAGCUCUCUAUCCCAUACUCUGCUCAGCCAUACUUCUCCACCUUCACCAACACCGUUAAACAAAAGAACCCAUCAAUCACCACCCUCCUUUCUAUUGGGGGCUCAAGCGCAAACCACACAGUCCUUUCAUCGAUGGUCAGCAACGCUUCCUCUAGAAAAUCAUUCAUCGACUCUUCAAUGAAAAUGGCAAGGCUUUAUGGCUUCCAGGGCUUUGACUUCAAUUGGGAUUCAGCAAACACAAGCUCCAACAUGGCCCAUAUGGGGAUACUCUUUCAGGAGUGGCGAGCCGCCGUGGAUUCUGAGGCAAAACAAUCUAACCAGACACAAUUGAUCUUAACUGCAGCAGUUAGAAACACACCAGAUAUAUAUUUGGGCAACGCUUCUUUCCCUGUGGAUUCCAUAAGGGAUAACUUGGAUUGGAUUCAUGUCAUGGCUUAUGGCUACUAUACGCCUCAGCAGUCAAACGUUACAGGUGCUCUUGCAGCCUUAUUUGACCCAAUCACCAAUGCAAGCACGGAUUAUGGUAUUCGUAUAUGGAUUGAUAGGGGCAUGUCUGCUGGAAAAUUGGUCUUGGCCUUGCCUUUCCAUGGCUAUGCGUGGACAUUAAAGAAUCCCAAAGAAAAUGUUAUUGGUUCACCGGCUACGGGUCCAGCCAUUACACCUGAUGGGAUGAUGAGCUAUAAGGAUAUCAAGGCUUACAUUCAGACAAAUGGGGCUGUUGUAAUAUACAAUCCUACAUAUGUGGUGAAAUCCUGCAAAGUUGGAUCGGUCUGGAUCUGCUUUGAUGAUGCUGAGGUUGUCAAAAAUAAGGUUGCUUAUGCCAAGCAGAAGAAACUACUUGGUUACGUUGCGUGGCAACUCCCUUAUGAUGACAAUUCGGAGCUUUCUCUAGCAGCAGCUCAGGAGGAAGGAAAUAAUAUUAAUGGAAAACACAAGAGGCGAUUAUUAGUGAUUGUUUUGACUACAACUGCUACCGUUGUUCUCCUACUGGGGCUUGUCGUCUGUUACUUACGGAGGAGAAUGUUCAAAUUGAAAGGAAUGAUUGUUACAUCUAAAGGAUCGGAGUCCAAAAUUAAUCAUAUGGCAGCUGCAGGAAAUUUUAAUGGCAAUGUUCCUAAUAUGCAAGUUUUUAAUUUAGUUGAGAUUGAGGCAGCUACAGAUAGACUUUCAAUUGAAAAUAAACUUGGAGAGGGAGGUUAUGGUCCCGUUUACAAGGGUGUAUUACCAAAUGGACAAGAAAUAGCAGUUAAAAAGCUUUCAAAAACAUCUGUGCAAGGGUUUGAGGAGUUUCAGAAUGAGGUUAUACUUACUGCAAAACUGCAACAUGUAAAUCUUGUGCGACUUUUGGGAUACUGCAUUGAGAGGGAUGAAAAAAUGCUGAUCUACGAGUACAUGCCAAACAAAAGCUUGGACUUCUACCUCUUUGACCCUAUGAGACGGUUUCUAUUGGAUUGGAGGAAACGCAUUGACAUCAUUGAAGGGGUUACACAAGGGCUUCUGUAUCUCCAAGAAUACUCAAGAAUGACAAUUAUUCACCGAGACUUGAAAGCUAGCAACAUUUUAUUAGAUGACGAGAUGAAACCCAAGAUCUCAGACUUUGGUAUGGCUAGAAUUUUUAAGAGAAAUGAUCGUGAAGCAAACACAGAUCGGAUUGUUGGAACAUAUGGUUAUAUUCCUCCGGAGUAUGUUAGAGAUGGUGUGUACUCCAUCAAAUCUGAUGUUUAUAGUUUUGGAGUUCUACUUCUACAAAUCAUUAGUGGCAAGAAGACUGCACGUUAUUAUGGUUUGGAUGAGAGCCUAAACAUGCUAGAAUAUGCGUAUGAGCUGUGGAAAGAAGGCAAAGGCAUGAAAUUUAUGGAUUCUACUCUGGAUGAUACACUUUCAUCGUGCAAAUUAAUUAGAUGCAUCCAAAUAGCUCUUUUAUGCGUCCAGGAAAAUGCUAAUGACAGGCCAUCUAUGUUAGAAGUUUCAUCAAUGCUUAAAAAUGAAACUGCAGCUCUAACAGCUCCAAAAAAGCCAGCUUUCUCAAGGAAAACAGAUGAAGAGGUGGAAACUAAAUCCACAUUGCAGCCAGAAAUUUGUUCUGAUAAUGACGCAACAAUCUCUGAACUGGUAGCACGAUGAGUAUGGAGGUCUUGGGAAAUAUAUAUUUAACGCCCAGAUUCCGGAUUCCACAAUGGGCACACUAAAGCAUAUUUUUCUUUUUAUUAAAACUUUCAUGAGUAUUUAAAAAUUCUCACAGGUUAACUAGGACAUUAUAUUCAUUAGAAUGUUUUAUAAAUCAGUAAAUCACCA